UUAAGUAUAAAAAGAUUCCAAUGGCUUGUCAAUACCAUGAAGGGAAGCAGAAGAUUAUGGUGUGUGUACCCUGUAAUAUUACUGUUUGUGAAAUAUGUAUAGAUACCGGACACUAUGGACACCCACUUCACUCAUUCAAAACAGCAGCCAACACUGUUGUCAGUGAUCUAAUAAAACUGACUGAAAAACCAUGUUUCACCACACUGGAGAAAGAUCUUGGGGAUUUGUCCACAUUACAACGAAGGGAAAGUGAGCAAGCUGUCAAAACAAAGCAAGAACUUCUGGACAGACGAGAUGAACUCAAACAAGUACUGGAUGAGGUAACAGAAACAGCAGUGACGAAACUAGACCAGCACAAUGAAAAUCUGUUCAAGGAAUUAGAUGAAGCCAAUGACAAAGCCAUGGAACAAUCCCAAAAAGUUAGUGAUUUUAAGGGCGAAGUCAAAAGGCUACAGUCUUCACAGAAUUAUCUGGAAGUUGUGGAAGAGGGAAUGAAAAUUAAACCUCCAGAAAUUUCUCCAUUGGUGUUCCCCAGAGUAUCCAGACUUAUAUUCCAGUCAGAUAUGUCAGGGUAUGUAACUAACAUAGAGAUUUUGUUUGGGGAGCUGGUACAGCAGGACGUGUAUGCUCUGACCACCUUCCACCCAGACGGUACAUUUUCUAAACCUGUGUUAGGACACUACAAUCCAAACCCUUCUCCAGCCUCCAGUGUCUGUACCGUUGACCUAUUUUGGGAGGGACCUGACGGAGCCAUUUCAACCCAGACACAACAAACAGAGCUGGCGAUGUUAUCAAGGAUGUUUACUGCACCACGAGAGUAUUUGGCAUGUUGUUGUUACCAAACCAACUCUUCGUGGCCUCCCUUGAUAAGAAGUGUAUCAGACAGAUGGAGAUGAAAAAAGGUAAAUAUACACUUUCCAACUCUAAAUGGAUUGAUACAGAUCCUUUGACCCCUCACUGUAUGUGUGUGGCAUCGAAUGGUGAUAUCCUAGUGACACUGACAGACAAAACAUCCUCUUCUAUAGAACCAAACUCUACAUCAGUACUGGUCAGGUACAGCAGCAAAGGAAAGAAACUGGCUAGAGCUCACAAGGAUGGACAUGGUCAAGACUUGUUCUUUGUUCCAAAUAACAUUAGCACCAGUAACACAGGUACAGUAGCUGUCGUUAAUGUUACCAGCAUAGUUCCACGAGCAAGUCAUUUGGUGGUGUUAAAUAACAGUCUUAAUCUGACACACAGAUACAUUUGGCAUGGAUUAACAGUUCCUGCUGAAGACCAGCUACCUAAACUAACAGAAAAUUUCAGAAUUUCUGAUGUGUUGUUCAACCACCACAACCUCUUACUAAUCUCUGAGAUUUUCUCGCGGACAGUACAGCUGUUAGAUCCCAAAUGUAACCUGCUGAAGGUUUUGGUUACUGAUCUCGAGCAUCCCCCAAGUUCUCUUGCUCUGCAUGCUGAUGGGGAUCUGUGGGUUGGGUUAAAGAAUGGAACAGUUAAUGUGUACAAACACACAUGUGACUUUACAUCUGAGGAGACAUAACAAAUCCAAAUACGAUGGGAAAACAUGUACAGCAGUUACCUUAGAACACCUGUGAGUUUUUUUCAGAGAAAUCAUCACGCCAGAAACUGUUAACUGUCUGUUCUAAUAGUGUUUGAUGAGCUCAUCAAAAUGUUAUACAGAUAACAGAGUGCAUAGUUGUUAAUUCACAACAAAGGAGUGUCACUGUGUGCUACGCUUGCUUUGGUCAUAAAAAUGUAUUUUGGACAUAAAUAUCUUGUUCUCAAAAAGAUAUGUUGUUUAUCAUAAAUUGUCUCAAUCAGGUAUUACGUCAAUUACCUAUAUUGUCAAUCAGUUAUGUAACCAGUGAGUCAUGUUUGUCAAUCAAGUAUGUUGCCAAUUAAAUAUGUUAUACAGA